GGUUGCUAACAAAUGCCCAUCGUCAGUUUCGGUUUGACAACACAACACAACAAUAGACGAGAACGACAAACUUAAUUUUUAGUUAUUUUUGUACUCUCCAUUUGAUAACAACAACAGUUCGGUUUAUUCGACAGUCGAUUAGAAGCCUAGAAUAGUGUAAACUUUGCAAUGAGUGUUGAGAGAUUGGACGCAAUAAUUUUCGGUGCCACCGGUUUUACGGGACAAGUUGUGGUCGAAGAUGCCGUGGAUAUAUUUCGGGACUUCAAAUGGGGCAUUGCCGGAAGAAAUGAAUCUAAACUCAAAGAUGUUUUAGUGAAAGUUGGUAAACGCACCCAAACAGAUUUGAGUCAUAUUCCCAUUAUUGUGGCCGAUGUCAAUGACCAAAAGUCAAUAGAGGAUAUGGCCAAGAAAUGCAAAAUCGUUUUGAAUUGCUGUGGACCUUAUCGCUUCUAUGGCGAAGUUGUGGUUAAGGCUUGCAUUGAUGCUGGCACCCAUCACGUUGAUGUCAGUGGCGAGCCACAAUAUUUCAAUGGAAUGCAACUCAAAUACAAUGACUUGGCUCAGGAGAAGGGAUCGUAUGUGAUAUCUACAUGUGCCUUUGAAAGUAUCCCCGCCGAAUUGGGUGUUCAAUAUGCCGAAAAGAAUUUUCCAGGAACUGUAAAUUCAGUGGAACUUUAUUGGGAAUCCAAAUACAACUACCAGGAUAAAUCAUCGAAGGCCAUUUUGCAUACCGGUACAUGGGAGAGCGCCAUCUAUGCUAUGCAACACGCCAAGGAAAUGUUGUCUUUGGAGAAAAAAUUAAAUAGUGAGAAAAUGCCGAACUUGAGUCCAAAGUUGUGGAUGAGACCUUAUGCCCAUCAAACCGAAGGCUUAAAGAGUUAUUUUGCCCCAUUCCCACUUACGGACCGUGCCGUUGUACAAAGGUCCCAACGAUUGGCCUAUGUGUACGAAAAGAAACGGCCAAUUCAAUUCGAAAUGUAUAUUGGUAUGAAAUCACUGUUGAUGGCCCUUCUACUGCCCGUAUUUAUGUUAUUCGGUGCGAUAAUGGCUCAGAUUGGUUUUACACGUAAAUUACUAUUGAAAUAUCCUCAUAUUUUUUCGGGUGGUUUGAUGACCCAUGAAGGUCCCGUUGAGGCUAAUAGAAAAGCCAUGGAAUUCCGUUUUACCCUAAAAGCCAAGGGAUGGACUACAGGCACACCAGAAUCUGCUGCCCCCAACAAGGAAGUUGUGGUUCGUGUUACUGGAAAAGAUCCGUGCUAUGGCAUAACUAGUUGUGCUCUACUGUUCUGUGCCAAAACCAUUUUGAAGGAACAAAACAAAAUGCCCGGAAAGGGCGGCGUUUUACCACCAGGUUUUGCCUUUGCCAAGACAAGUCUUCUGGAAGAAAUUGGCAGCUAUAAAUCCGGUUUGAAAUUUGAAGUUUUGAAUCAAUAAAUUAUUUUAUUACAAUAAA